AUGAUAGAGCAUGCCAAUACCAAAAAUUUAUCCAAUCACAUAGGGGAUUUGUAUCAGACUGUGGGUGGGACCUCGUUUUACAGUGGACCGAGAGAACCUUUUCACCACCCCACCACCAGCACGGAAUUAACCACAAUCCCACCGUCAAUCACAUCUCCUCCCGCCAAAAUCCCUUCCCGUCCUCGUAAAAUCCGUAAAGUCUCACUCGAUGAUGCUGCUGCUGCUGCCACCACUGCUUACGACCCUAAGUCCUCCCAAGCCUCCUCCACAACCACAACUGAACCAACCAAAACUACUGCCACCAAAACCCCAAGAACAAAAACUGCCCAACAGCGAGCAAUCGUGGUUCCGCGGAUCAUGGCAAGAUCUCUAACAUGUGAAGGUGAACUUGAAAACGCAAUUCACCAUCUCCGUAACGCUGAUCCACUCCUUGCUUCCUUAAUUGACGUCUACCCGCCCCCUACCUUUGAUACCUUCCCCACUCCUUUCCUUGCCCUGGCUCGCAGCAUUCUUUACCAGCAGCUUGCUUUUAAAGCAGGGACUUCAAUUUACACGCGCUUUAUUUCGCUCUGUGGUGGUGAGGCUGGAGUUUUGCCUGAAACAGUUCUUGCUUUGACUGCACAACAGUUAAGGCAAAUUGGGGUUUCCGGGCGUAAAGCGAGUUACCUUCAUGAUCUAGCUAGAAAGUAUCAAAAUGGUAUAUUAUCGGAUUCUGCGAUUGUAAAUAUGGAUGAUAAAUCGCUUUUUACUAUGCUUACUAUGGUAAAUGGGAUCGGUUCUUGGUCUGUGCAUAUGUUUAUGAUUUUUUCACUGCAUAGACCGGAUGUGUUGCCAAUUAAUGAUCUUCAAGUGAGGAAAGGGGUGCAGUUGCUAUAUAAUCUGCCGGAGUUGCCACGGCCGUCACAGAUGGAUCAGUUGUGUGAAAAAUGGAGGCCUUAUAGGUCGGUUGCGUCAUGGUAUCUUUGGAGAUUACAAGAGGUAAAAGGGUCACCUUCCAGUGCGGUGGCAGUGGCUACUAGUGGUAAUUUGACGCAGCAACAGCAGGAGGAACAACAGCACCAGCAGCAACCUCAGCUUAUUGACCCAAUAAACAGCAUUCUAAAUCUUGGGGAUUUCUUGCUCGUAGUAUUGUUCCUUGCUGGAUUUACAUUCAUAGAACUGCAGGAUGUUAAUGUGCAUGGAAUUGUCGUUUUGAGUUUUAAAUUUUUAAUUGCUGAAAGGGGUCAAACAUUUUCAAAAGCUUUGCAUCACAAGUCUAGUUGGACUGGAAAUUUUAUGGAGAAAGGGAAAUGGACAGACCAAGGUUGUUAUAAUGGGGAUUGUUACUGCAUCGUGAACAGGGGGAGGGGUUUUGUUAGUAUUGAAUUAAUGGCAUAUGCUUAUAGUGUGGAAUACUCCGUAUUCAAACAUUUGUGGUUUUGGGAUCUGACUCCCUACCCACCUGUGAUGAGAUGGAUGUGGACCACUCUUGAAUCAUCUAAUGGGGAGGCACUUGAUUUCACAUGGACCCAGGUCUCUUGGAAUGUAAAACAUGGUUUCUGGGGGUCUUAUAUGUUGAGGGCAUUAGAUGAAUCAGAUAGCAGAGGUGCAUCAGCUAAAUUGCCUGGAGGAGCUAGCAGGAGCGUUUUCAAAGAACUUCCAGAGCACAAUCCUUCACUCUUGCCCUAG